UUCAUCAGAUCAGAACAUACUUUUUUUCUUUUCAUAUUCACAAAGUAGCUUACAAAUUCGAGCCAGCGUAUAAAAAUAUUCCCUCCAGACAUGCAGCCUGUGUUGCAACUCUUAGUAUUAAUUGCACUGAAGCUGGUGGGAGAUGCCAAUUCCUUGCCUGCGAACAACGAAUUAAACAUGGAGAAAAUUUACGAGCGCUAUGGACGCAAGUCCAACGAAACUUGGCUGUCAGUUCAUGAUGACAGCUACUCGGAAGGCCGGUAUUCUGGGUGGAAGAAGCUGUUCGUGUGUUGCGGUGCGGAGGACGACAUCGAGCGGCGGCUCGCGCGCUACAUGGACGACGGUGUGGUGGUCGUCGCCUCAGAGGGACCAGCAGGGUCAGCCGACAUCGCUGUCGCUCCUCCCAUCCUCGACGAGGUUCUGCAGCUUCUCGGUGCUGCAAGCUUCACGGUCUCCGUCUCUGACGACGACAUAGAGACUACAAUCAGGAGGACAUUUUCCCGAGGACGCACGUCUGGGCUGGUCACAGAAAAGUUCUUUCAACUGAAUGAGAUCGAGGAGCAUCUCAAGCAGCUCCAGCAGAAGUAUCCUGAUCAAGCCAAGCUCACGAUAAUAGGGGAGAGUGUUAAGAAGAGACCGAUAUUGCAGAUGUCCAUCUUGAGUGAGGGAUUACGGAACAAAGGAGAACAGCCAGACAAUGCUACGGCAACGCUCCCUGUUCUGCUGCUCGAUGCUGGCAUGCACGCCCGUGAGUGGCUGUCUACGGCCACGGCUCUUCACCUCAUAGAGACGCUGCUGGAGGACCACGAGGCCACGAGAGGCGUCGAGUGGCGGGUGGUGCCGGUGCUCAACCCUGACGGCUACUUCUACACAUGGAACAAGGAUCGCCUCUGGAGGAAGAAUAGACGUCCUAUUGCCAGCAACCGUUGCGUGGGAGUCGACCUGAACAGGAAUUUCGGAGUCGAUUUUGGAGGUAAAGGCGCUAGUCAGUUCCCAUGCAGCGACGAGUAUCACGGCACCAGCGCCUUCAGUGAGCCAGAGACUCGAGCGCUACGAGACGCCGUCAACGACGCCGGAGAAAGACUUAAGGCAUAUGUUUCGCUGCACAGCUACAGGCAGAGCAUCCUGCUGCCGUGGGCUCACAGCCCCAAGAGCCACGCAAACGCCCAGAACCUGACAAACAUGGCUCAUGGUAUCGCUCGAGCGAUUUCAGAACUGAGAGGCACGAAGUUCGAAGUGGACACAGCGUGGUUCAACCUCUAUCCGGCGUCGGGCACAAGCGCGGACUGGGCUGCUGAUGUGGACGUACCGUACAGCUUCAUCUUUGAGCUGCAAGACGAGGGCGAACACGGUUUCCUGUGGCCAGAAAGUGAAAUAGCCUCUGCCGUGAACGAAACCUACUGCGGCAUCAAGUUCAUGGGUAAAGUGAUAAGGAAGAUAUUUUCCCCAUCUGAAUUUCUCACUCAAGAGGACGAAGAUUUUUCUUUGGUUGACGUUGAAAUGCCUGCGGACCGUGAACCGACCACAGAGAAUGGCCUCGCUCUCUUACUACAAAUUUAUGAAGAGGUUCUAUCGAACCAGAACCAAAUUAAUAAUAAGAACAUGGCGAUUAAUUUGACCGUCGAACAAGAACCUGGUUUAAUUAAAAUUAAGGUUCCUAAUAAUACCGCUACACCCACAGAAGAAAAGCCUGUUGGGUCGUUGUCAAUUUCGGUGAAAAAUAAAACUCACGUUGAUGAACAGCAGGCAGCUGGGAUUGUGAUACAAGUCAGGAAUCCUCAGGCCGAACUUCCCUCUCACGCAGUUGAUGUGAAAGCCUCAAAAUCUCAGAUAUAUGAACGUCAACCUGUACAAGACACAAAAGAUGUUAACCGAAGCGCUGCCGGUGAAGAGAGCAGCAAUUCAAGUUCAGGGAAAGACGACGAGUGCGCAGAUGACGUAGACUGCAAGGUACGCAACUUUAUAAGGAAUGUACUAACAUCCCAACGCGUGACACCGGCACCAAAUCAACAGGCACCUGAUGAGUGAAAAUUUAAUCUUUUAAUAAAAUUUUCGAUAACUUAAUCCGUGUAACUUAGCUUAGUAAAAUGAGCAAUGCGUGAGUACAACACUUUUGGUCAAAGGCGCUCAUGAUAUAUUUCCUCAUGUUUCGAUUAAGUCUUGACGAAUAAAGUUAGUUUAUUGUUAAAAUGUGAGUUGCAUCUGAAAAAAUGAAGGGUUUAGUGAAUGUUCAACAAUGGGACGCUUGUUAUAUAGAUUUCCUUUAAAUGACGUUUAAUGCACAUAGUUACUCUGAAGUGCAAAAUACCUCGCCAAAUGGCAUUCCAUUAAAAAAAUCGAAGCUGCGUCAAUUAAUUAAUUAUUUUUUCCGCCAAUUAGGAAUUCAGCAUCCGUGGCAUUACCAUUCAUAUCAUGAAUUUAAGACAAACUACUUAAUUCAUGAACCGUUCUUUCUCUAUUUGUUUAACCCAUCCCGCGUCCACUAAUCAGCUCAUUACUACGUAAUUAGUACGUACUACUGACAUUCUCUGUUAAUGUUUAAAGCUACAAGUUAAAAACAAUUAGAACAAGAUUGAAAAUCAAUUAACAUAUAUAAAAUAGAACAUACGUCGGUGUCAGCUAUUGAGAUAGCUGGCUACUGGCCAUUGUCAGCUGGCUACUGGCCAUGUUGGCCAGUAGCCUAUUUGUUAGCACUCAGCCUCCUUGAAGAUUUCAAUCAGAAUUUUCACAUCUAGUAGCGGUCUCGAACUCUCAACUCGCUGCUUCAAUCAAGCGAUCAUAUCCUCUCGGAAAGGAGUUUAAUUGUUAAUAAAUGACUAACAAUAUAAAUAUUGUUAACAAUAUAAAUAUUGUCCUUUCUCUCCAGCUUUUUUAUACAUGACAAAACCCACUAAAAGAGCUCAAUAAUGAAUCGUUUACCCUUCAAAUAAAUUACGCGAAGCAAUGAUUAAUUUUUAAUCGAAGUUUUAGUAAUAUAAUCUUCAAUUUCGUUUAGAAAAAUCUUAGUUAACUCACCGCCAGCCGUCGUCAUGAAUAUUCUGCAAUUGGCUCGUUGAAUUAAAUUACUUUUUUUCAGCAAUCAAUUGGAUAAAUAUUUUUGAUCGAUGUGUUUAUCGAUGAGUUUAGAAAAAUAGAUCGAUAUGUGUGUUAAAUAUAUCGAUUUAUCGAUUAUGUGUUUAGAUAAAUAUGUCGAUGUGUGUGUUAAGAUCGAUGUGCUUGAUGUGUUUAGAUAAUUCGAUAUUUAAAAUCAUAUAAAUUUUUAA